AAGCAUGAAACUCAAAAACAGCUGCCUCUGAUGCGCUGUCAGAAUUUCUGCGGAGAAAUCCAGCCAGAAAUCAUCACCGAUUAAUUUCAAUCAUUUAUCGUAAAGCGCGUAUUUACUGUGUUUGAUUUGAUGUGAAAACAUUUUUGGAAACCUAGUACCACUUGUUAUCGUCCAGUUUGUGCUUAAAGGUGAAAUUUUUCAACAGUAAAAUUCAACUUCAAGAUUUAAACAUCAAACCGAUACAUGAAAGUGCGUGUCAAGUGAAAAUAGCCUUGGUAAAUCAUUAUGCACUAUACUUUCUCUUGUCUCUAUAUCAAAUUUUGAUUGAAUACUAAUUAAAAGUGCUACUAAAGAUCGUUGCCUAUAUAUGUGCUCUCUGCCACAUUCGAGUAUCUUCUUGCAAGGCUAGGACUUUGAACUAUUGAAACCAAUUGACGAAAUAGAUUUGAACCACCCAUCGGAAUGUGUAUAUUCACUACAAUACUGUUAGUUGUUCAUACUUACUAAUGCCUGUUACCGUGACUAUUAGUGUCUGUUCAGGGCAAUCGCUUCCAAAAGUAAGCACACUAACAUCAAUUGGUUGUCACACCCAGUCGCAUAACAACUGUUUAUGUUCACCUGUGUUUCUGAGCCCAUCCCCAAGUUACGCAACUACCUUAGACUUAUUUCAAGUGGGAUGACACUGAAAUAUCAAAUCUGACCUUAACACAAAUCUUAGCCAUCUAAACCUAUAAAUUUGAAAGUAGUGAUAUGGAACGUAAAGGCAGUUUCGAUCACGUAAAAGCUUUGGUUAGCAGCAUCCAUGGUACGUUUCCGAACACAAUUCUUCCGGAUGAGGCGUUCGGUGCCAGUAAUCCUCGUUCAUCGUUCCCGAUGACAUCAUCCGAUAAGCGCCCCUCCCCAAUCGGUGAUUCUGCUACUGAAUCCGGCCAUGGUUCGCCAAACAAGUUGCCACAACAGAUCAGGAUUCCGUCACUGAUAGUAACAAGCUCGCUUUCACCCUAUCAUGUCAGCAGUAACCCACCAGCAACCGGCGAAGGCGACCAUUCUUUGAGACGGUUCAAUUUUGCUCUCAUGAGACGUCAUUCGAACACGGCCUUGAAUCGGUGUGAUUCAAUGGGCUCCCUGAGUCAUCGUGCUCUGCUGCAAUUUUUGGAAUCAGACGAUCUGGUCGGACUCAAAUCGUUCCUUGGCACCCGUCAGCUGCAGGUUGACGAUCGUGAUGAAAAUGGAACUACUGUGUUAAUGAUAGCAAGUGGUCGUGGUGCCACAAAUUUUGUAAAGGAGCUUUUGGCACAUGGAGCGGAUGUGCAAGCACAAGAUCUAGACAAUUGGUCCGCAUUGUUGUUUGCUGGCAAGGCAGGUCACGUAGAUAUCGUAGAAAUUUUACUGGAUAAUGGAGCAGAAAUCGAGCAUCGCGACAUGGGUGGCUGGACCGCUCUUAUGUGGGGCUCGUACAAAGGGCACACCGGCGUUAUAUCCUUACUGUUACAACGAGGUGCUGAUGUUCAAGUUCAUGGCAACUAUCACUUGAAUCCACUGCUAUGGGCUUCCGGAAGGGGUCACACAGAGAUCGUGAAACUCCUGGUCAACACUGGAGGUGCAAAACCAAAUGUAGGCGAUAAAUAUGGCACCACUCCAUUAGUGUGGGCCUGUCGCAAAGGCAAUGCAGAGAUUGUUGACAUUCUGUUAAAGGCAGGAGCCAAUGUCGACACAGCUGGCAUGUACUCAUGGACCCCUUUGUUGGUGGCAGUAAGCGGCGGCCAUCAAGAAUGUGUUUCACUGCUUUUGGAACGCAAGCCCAAUGUGAAUGCCUUAGACAAGGAUGGCAUGACCGCACUCUCCAUAGCAUGUCGAGAGGGACUGACAGAAAUUGCUUCUUCAUUGAUUUCAGCUGGCGCCUACGUCAACGUGCAGGAUCGUGCGGGGGAUACACCGUUGAUCAAUGCCGUGAAGGGUGGUUACCGCAGUGUGGUAGAAAUUUUGCUGAAACGUCACGUAGACGUCGACAUACAGGGAAAAGAUAGAAAGACUGCUCUAUACACCGCAAUCGAAAAAGGUCAUUCGUCGAUCGUCAAAUUGAUUUUACAGUCCAAUCCGGACUUAGAGCUGUCUACCAAAGACGGUGACACUCCGCUCUUGCGAGCGGUACGUAAUAGAAAUCUGGAAAUGGUACAAAUGCUGCUGGAGCGUAAAGCGAAAGUUGGUGCAGCUGAUAAACGAGGCGAUACCUGCUUGCACGUAGCAAUGAGGGCUCGCUCAAAGGCUAUAGUAGAGGCUCUUCUAAGCAAUCCUAAAUACAGUCAACUGCUGUACCGUUCUAAUAAGGCAGGAGAGACGCCAUAUGGUAUAGAUGCUAUGCAUCAGAAAACUAUCCUCGGACAAGUAUUUGGCGCUAGGCGUCUAAACGCAAAUGAAGAUUCGGAGGGAAUGCUCGGAUAUGGGUUGUAUUCGUCAGCAUUAGCAGAUGUACUUAGUGAACCGACAUUGACAAUGCCCAUCACUGUUGGAUUGUAUGCGAAAUGGGGUAGCGGAAAAAGUUUCUUGUUAGCUAAACUACGAGAAGAAAUGAAAAGUUUCGCUCAGCAAUGGUCAGAGCCUUCCAUUAGAGCACCUUUUCUAUUCUUUCUAAUUUGCCUACAUUUCGCGGUUGUCAUUGGCACUAUAGUCGGUCUUGCAACGUGGUGCUACAUUUGGGGGCUUACUACUGGAGUCUCGUUGUUGGUUCUGGUGUACUUCAUCAGUUAUCUGUUCAAGGUUUUGGACAGACGGUAUGAUCUGGAGUGGCUUUAUUCACUUAAUUAUGGUUUAUCGAAGAAACUCGGAAGACUUCGUUUAAUUCUGCAAGUAGCAUUUUGCCACCCACCUGGACCGCAAAGUGACUCGCAGCCUAUGCCGGUGCGGUUUCAUUUUGCAGAAGCCAGUGGCGCUGCACCGAAUGGCGAUGCAGCUGUAGCUUUUAUGUUAGCUUCUAUUUUCGAUGCUAUCGAGGCUCACUACGGUUCGUUGGCGACAGGAAUCUAUCGUGCGUUCCGACCGAAACCAUUGAAAGCAACUGGAGGCUGGAGGUGGCGUCGAAUGUGCUGUGUUCCUGUUGUGAUAUUGUUUGAAUUGGGCAUACUAGGUUUGAUUACGACAGCAUCGCUUACGAUUGUUUAUUCUGAAUAUAAUGUAGAAGGACGAGAUGAGAUCGUCGUUGCCAUAUUCAUUCUUGUUGGUUUUCUGCUAGCUGGUACUAUUGCAAACCUACAUGCGUGGUCUAAACUGGUAGGAGCACUUUUUAUGUCACAAGGAAAACAUCUUAGACGGUCGUUCAACAGCAGCGAAGCUGCUCCUCUGACAGCGCUGGGAGCGGAAGUUAGCUUAAUGACUGAUAUGAUCCGUUGUCUAGAUGCCUUUACUAACCAACAGAGUCGUUUGGUUGGUGUUGUGGAUGCGCUAGAUUCAUGCGAUACAGAACGCACCUUAACGAUAUUAAAUGCUGUACAAACGCUACUCUCUGGCCCUCAGCGUCCUUUUGUACUGCUACUGGCAGUUGAUCCACAUGUGGUGGCUAAGGCGGCCGAAGCGAACAGCAAACGAUUAUUCACAGAAGGGGGAAUCGGUGGUCAUGAUUUUUUGAGAAAUUUAGUACAUUUGCCAGUUUACCUGCAAAACUCAGGACUGAGAAAGGUGCAACGAGCUCAGAGCACUGCAAUGGCUACUUAUCGACGUAUGGUGCCUGAUUCGGGCAGGGAUGAAGAUGCACAUUUGGGUCACUCUGCUUCAGCGCGACGAUUAUCGAACGCAUCGGAAAUCAUGUCUAGUCAAGAGAAACUCAGAGGAAUGCCAGGAACGUCUAGAGCCGGAAGCAAGAAGCUUCGUGUUUCGGAUUCAAUCGCCAGCUCGAUUGGUUCGAAUUUGCAUAAAUUAGGCCAAAACCACCCCGUUGACCUAUCGAAGAUCGUCCUAACCGAUGACUAUUUUAGUGAUGUAAACCCACGUAGUAUGCGGAGACUCAUGAAUGUUAUUUAUAUAACAGUACGCCUGUUGAAAGCUUUCCAAAUUGAUUUUAGUUGGUAUCAUUUGAGUUCAUGGAUUAAUUUAACUGAACAAUGGCCAUUGCGCGCAAGCAUGAUCGUUUUAGAGCAUGACCAAGCUGGUGACAAUUUCGACGAUUCUAUGUCCCUGCAAUCAGUCUACGAUAAAGUGCGUCCAAAAAUCUCAUGCCUUCGGGAAGCUGCCAACUUACUUGACCUGGACCGAGACGAACGCAAAUUGGAUGCCUUUCUCCAGCUACACAAAUCAGAUCUGCUGGUCUCAGAUUUGCGUAUAUUCUUGCCAUUCACUAUCAACCUUGAUCCAUACCUAAGGAAAGUUUUGAAAGAAGAUCAACAAGCCCUGGAAGACGAAGGCAUUAUAAUUCCGGUUAAAAGUUCAAAUCCGCCCAUGAAAUCGCAUCAUGGAUUUGGUCCUGCACGCCACAUGCACCAGAAUAUCAUGCAUCCGGCGGCGCAACAUCCUAACAGUCUUCCAACUUGGGCAGGGUUCUAUAAUACACCGCCGGCUAUGGCCAUGAUGAAUUAUUAUAAUCACAACCUAGCUAGCCUUUUACAGCCACCGGAAAGUGGUAAUCUUAAGAAACCCAAUUCCACUAGCAUAUUAAUCGACCAGGUAAACGAUAAUCAUUCCACUGGUGCAUUGACACAAUCCGCAAGCACUAAAACUGCAGCGAAAACCCUUCACGUACCUGGAUCACCACCCAUCGAUAUCGACAUUACUAACAUUCAGCUUGCCAAAUUAACCGUAGAAGAUUUGAUUGAUCUCAUCGGUAAGGUUAGCGAACUAAAACCUGCUCUGGAGAAAGUGGCCCCCGUAUUACGCGAAAACGCAAUUUCCGGCCGUGUACUGUCGCUAUGUAGUUUAGACGAACUUAAAACUGUACUUAACUUGAGCUUCGGCCACUGGGAAAUCUUUAAAAUGCUGAUCACCUCCCUGAGAGAGAACAAUGCGUCGAAGAAAGCAGUAAAAACGACCACAUUCGCUAACGGAAUCGGCGAUGGUGCGGAAGUAACUGACAGUAUAUCGUCAUCUAGCCAACCGUCGGCAUCCCAAUCGGUUUUCCAACCGAUCAGACAAAAAUCUCACAACGUUAUGGAAAAACAGCCCUCCAAAGUUCACGAUUAUGAGUAUCUACAGGUGACACUGGAAGAACAGAUGAUCUGCGGUGCGCUGCAAACCCUCAACGAAGACGCCUUCGAAGAUGUCGUAGGUAGCGAGCGGCCGAGUCCUAGUGGUGAGAUGUUUUCUCAGUAUCUAGCACCAAUCCGAGAGAGUUCGGAGAUUGGUUCUCCGCCGAGGCUAAGCUAUAACUUCACUAACCCUAAUUUACUUGAUCACGCAUCCACUACUAGCGGCGAAGAUUCAUUUCAGCAUCGUUCUUACCUGAGAUCUCAUAGCUUGCACGACGAUUCUCUUUCCAGUGUUGUGAUUAUGCCACACUAUCCUUCGAACGUUGAUGAUACCAAACUAUAGACUUAUUGUUUAUUUUCCUUCAAUACGACUUUAUUGAUUUUUUUUAUAUUCACGAUUGCCGCGCGACCGCUAGAAAAAUUCAGUAUAAUUGUUGAAAAACGUGUUAUGUAGUUAAAAUGUUUUCUAGUAGUUCUACAUCUAACGUACAGACCGUGAUGAUACAGUGUGUCGUCCGAAUUCGUACGUGUUAGAUGUUCUUAUCAAUUCGUACUUAUAGAGAAACAAAACCCAAGUGUACAAUUAUUCUCCUGAUCGUACCGUAGCAUUAUAAAUAAUAAGCGCAAAGGCAGAAAUGUGCGAGUAUUUUUUUAUUACCUAACGAAAGUGCUAAGCAACCAUUCCUCCAGUCAGAUGCCAUUAUGUAUUAGAAAAGAACGAAGAAUUUAUCUAUUUCAAUUCUAAACCAAAACGCAUAGAGUGAUAACGUGGUGUACAUCUAAUCAAACAGAAUUAUACAUGAAUACGAUGCAACCUUUAAAAGCAA